GUGAGCACAGAUCUGAAGCGCUGCCUGCAAGACGUGGAGGUGAAGCACAAGAUCGCCAAUGACGAGGUCGCCGAGCUAACGACCCGAUUGGCAGCCGCCAAGGCGGACAACGAUGAGCUCCGUUCCGAGGUGGAGGAACUGGCGGAGCAGGUGCGGACUCUGAAGGAGGCCAACGAGUCGAUCAAGGCCAAGAACUCGGAGCAGUGGGCUGCUCAAAAGAAGGCGGAGGACGACAGAGACAAGGCUGUUCUGGAGCUGCAAAGCGCCAAGGACGAGGCAGCGGCAGCGGACAUCAAGGCAGAGCAUCAGGUCAAGCUCGCCAAGGAGGAGCUCUCGGCGAUGAAGUCGGAGCUGAAAGAGCUCAAGGCUCAGCUCGCCGGGAAGGAAAAAAGCUGA